GAAUUAUUUUAUGGAACAACAUGGCAGCCUCCGAUGUCUGAAAUCCCUGCUUGUUUAAACCUCAAAGUUAAGCAAAAUGCCAACAGUGAUUGCAUUCGAUGUCUCCUUGUCUAUGGUCCGGCCAGUUGUCCUUCCAGAUGUUUCAGAGGAGUAUCAGCGACGUCACUUAGCUAUUCAUGGCAUCAACACGUUUCUGGACUAUUUAAGCGGCAACUAUAAACUAGAAUUUGUGUCCCUCAUUACUUUUUCAUACCUCUGGGAGCACCUUGUUGCAUUUACCAGAGAUUUUGAUUCAAUCAAAGCAGCUUUGAAUAAGGUGGAAGUCUUCAGCAAAACAUGCAUAGAAACUGCUCUGAAUGGUGUGAAAACUAUAAUAUCAGAUGAAUGGAACAACACCAUGUGCCAGGUCAUAUUGGUUACAGAUGGGAGUCUUGGCAUUGGAGCUGGUUCCCUAAAGAAAUCCCUUCAAACAGCAGGAAACAGAUCAUCUACAGAGGAAAAGUUUCCUUUGCCAUUUCCUUUUCCAUGUAAACUUCAUGUUGUGUGCAUAGGGAACCCAAGCAAUCCAGAUGUUCGCCACUCUCUCUUUUACUAUCAGAAGCUGAUAGAUAUUGGAGGCCAAGGCGGAGAGCUGUUCACACUAGAUGGACCUAUCACCUUCAAAUCAGUCAGUGAUGUUUUCAUGAGACUUUGUGAGAAGUAUUACAAUCCGUUUUGUGGAACAUUGGUCUGUGGAAACUUCAACUGCUCAGUACAACUUUUUCCUCAUCCCGAGCCGCUAGUAAAACAACUAGAUGACUGCCAGGAGACGUACAGUGUGUCUGAAAAACUGGAAAUCGUUGGCUUCAUAGAUAUUAAAGAUGUCGGGAGCCCACCCACAAUUGCCCGUCAUCUCAUCCUCCCAAGGUCAAUCAGAGAGAAAGCAGCUGAUGCUAAAGACAAAGAAAAUAAAAAUGGAAAAGAGGAAGAAGAAGACAGCCAAGAGGAUGGAAAGGUCCCGUCGUUUACCGUCCUACUCCAUGGUAGUUUGAAAGUGGAAAGCAUGGUGGCCCUCACAAGAAUUCAAGACAACUGGUAUGGCAUGAUUUACUCCUGGGCUGACAACAAGAAGAAAUCUAACCUAAUAAUAGCCAUGUUUGAGCCAGGUCAGAAUUCCAUUCCUUGGCUGGGUAGUUUUGACAAUCUGACUUCAUGCAAGGAAUAUUUACCUGACAUGGUUUACUCUGAUGAAGAAAAGAAAUCACCAUUUCCAGUAUUCCCUUCUGACAAGAGAAGUUACUCAUUACCGUGUAUAGUCUGGAUCAAGCCAUCCGGACUACAGUCAGAUCUUCAGAAAGUUUUGAGGCAUGCCAAGAAGCUGCCGGAUAAAUUACAGCAGUUUUACAAGGAACUCAACAGAACCAGACGUGCUGCCCUCUAUUACGGAUUCCACAUUCUCCUUGAGGCAAUGGCAGCGAUCUUGGAACGGGAGUGCACUCUCCUUCCUGGAACAGCCCAUCCUAAUGCAGCCAUACAGCUCACUCAUGCUGCCAAUGCUCUCAGAUAUGAAACUGCUCUUGAUGUCAAUCACACCAUUAUGCCUCUGCAGACGAACUUUGCAAGUGGAAGUUCAUCCUGAAAGCAUUUAAACUUUUUCUGCUUUUUCUUUGUUCCUUUGCAAAAUUUUGACAUCUUGCAUCAGAGCAUGACUGAAUCGUGUUUUAUUGAUAACACUGAACAUAAUAUGUUUUCAUAUUAUUAGGUAGUGUAAACAUGGGGCAUAAGCUGACUCAAGGCGCUCUGAGCGAGUGGUUUCAGUGGAACUAGGGCAAUUCAGGUCACUGUUUCCUUGUUCUGUAAGCUACAAAACAUCAAAUGUUGUGCACCAUGAAAAAGUUCAGCUUUUCCUCAUUUCAAUGGUGUAAGUUGUUUGUAUGUUUAUGUAUUUGGAGCUGGAGAAUAACUGGAAAGCAUAACCCCUUGCAGUUGGAAUGCGGGGUCAACUGGUUCAAAAACUGACACCCAUGCAUUCAAAUGCUUCGCAGAAAGAUUGAUGAAUAAUGCCAUCUUUUCAUUGGCUGAGAACUAUAGAGCUUUGAAUGGUCUUUCUGGGGGUGUGUAUUUGGCCUUUGGGGUUUAAAUAGAAGGCCUUUAAAAAUAACGUCAAAGUUUUCAAAGAUAAUUUUUUACUCGAAAUAAGUAAAAUCCAGGUUAAAAAAAUGGCACCAAUAGAAAAAUCAGUUAAUUUUCUAUUACUAUGGAGUCUUCGGCUUAGGAUUAUUCCUCAUCAAUUCUGCCAUGAAACUCCGAAAAUAUAUAACCCCAACACUGGGAGCAGUCAGUACACUACAAUAGUAUAGAGCCAAACCUCUCUGUCAUGGGGGUUGAUGCAGCGCCAUCCAGACAGGGCUUCGUUGACAAUCUGCUUGAAAUACAAAAAUACUGAUUUGCAAUGUUCCCCUAGUCUUUAAAAAAUUAGGCUCCUUAUCUAUAUGUUAUUGUGAUUGUCCUCUGUUGAUGUAUAGGUGUUUGGUGGCCUUCGUACUGUUUUAUUAUCUGUCAAACAUGGGAGGGCAGCUAAUUUGUGAAUUUCGCAAUGUUUUGAUAAUAUUAAAACGUCUGCCAUUUUCUUAAAAAUUGACUGAGAAGUAAAAGAAUGGUACCAAAAAUCUGAGGAACCAUAGGCCUUUUAUGACAUGGAUAAAUUUGUCAUACAGCUACUUAGAAGACAUUAGUUUCUGGUACCUAAUAUUCUGUAGUUUACUUUCAUAAAUUUUCAUGAAGGUUCUGUUUUCUUCGAAUGUUUAGAUACAAUAGUCUUGAGGAAUUUUUAUGGUGAUAAGUGAUUCAAUGAAAAUGGUUAACAGAACCGUGACACUUUGUUGGUAUAUAUUGUAAUAGAACCUGUUGAAUUGAAACUAAUGGAGACAGUAGAGUACUAAACUAUUCAUGCUGUGAUCAGUUUGUAUUAUGAAAGGUAAUAAGAACAGCGGUAUUGAAAAGCAAUAAUCAUUGAAUUUGAAUUUGAAUUAAGAAGAGAAUAUUUUACUUCCACGUCACCAUAAUAAUGACUAAACUUUGGACAGGAUAUAAUAUCUAAUAAAACUUGGUUUCAUUAUCAAUACAGAUAAAAACUAAGUCAUCUGAUAAACUUUAGAGGAAGGAAGAGUAACUGAAAGGGAUGUGUAUCUCGUAGAUUUCUGCAGGUUACUUUCUCUCAGUGUCUAUAACUUGCGUUUCUUUGCUCUUGUUUGCUGAACUGAGAUGUGUGCAUUACAUGCCUAAAACCUAAAAUAAAUAAUUUUCUCGAAAUAAUUUGAUAAUGUAAAACACCGAUAGAGAGAGAGAGAGUGAGAUUGUUACUUAGCUGAGAGAGAUGAAGUAUAGGCCUACCUGAUUUUGAAUGUACUUACUUCUAGAUUUGUGCAAAUACGUUCGGAUUUUGAGAUGCUUUGUGCUUACAGUAACUGACAAUUCAUGUUAGGUGAGUCUGUACUAUACUAUAAUUGUGUGAGGUUUAUUACUUUGUUGAGCUGACAGCUUUUUUAUUCGUUUUAAAGAUGUAUCUUAAUGUGAUAAUGGUAGGCAAAUAUUUUUUCUAAAUUUGAGUCUAAAUUAUUUCCAGCAUAAAUAACACGACUGCAUCUUUUUCACUGCCGCAUAUUCAGUUAUACUUGUAGGGCAACCUACAUAUCUAUGUGUCAUCAUGUUGUUAUUCCUUGUGUUGAGUCUUUUGCAAAAUUAAAUGUACGUAAAAGUAUUUUUCAUACGAUGUUCUUUUCAUUUUUCUGAUUCAGAAAUGAAGAUCUGUUGUGUGAGAACUUUCUGCUUUGUCUGUCAAUUUAAAUUUCAAGGAUAAUGGUUUUUAAAUGAAACGCUUGAGUC